AUGGAUCUGCCCAAGGGCUUCGUUGAAGACGACAAGCGCAUCUAUGGAAAGGUGGCCAACCUUAAUCAUCUGUCUCUCGACGUCAUCAGACAGUUUUGGCAGGUGUAUACCACAACAAAUAAGCAGCUCUACGAUCCGACUGCGCGCCGACUCGAGAACUUUUGGUGGCAUGUCUGGGGCAGCGACAGGCGCCAUCUCAAGGCUGAAGUUCUUGCCGACAUAUGGCAGCAAAUCUCCUCUGGCCCAACCUUCGUGCCACUAAAAGGGUCUCCCAACCGUUACGAGCCCCCAAUCGAUGAACCUAAAACGGUGGUGCCUAUGAAGAGUUCCCAGUCAACAAAUUUGCUGCUCAACGUGCCUUCUAACCCGCCAUCUGACCUGCAAGACGUUCUAGCAGACGCUCUGCCGCCCCAUGUUCCGGAGCCCAGCCGAAACGGCGAACCGGCAUCUGUCAAAGAACUCUCGGCGUCCUCUUCACGGCCUCCACCACCUCACCCUAUUUUGAAGAAAUCCAGAGGUGAUUCAAAGUCCGGCCCCCGCCCAACAGCUCGUUUCGUUUCACCGCCUAGCUCCGAUGAGGACGAGUGCAAGUCAAGUGAAGAGGUCUCCUCUGGCAGCACCGCCACGAGCGGGCUAGACAUGCGAGCCUCCUCGGACGCUGCGGCAUCGUCGGGAAAAACUAGUAGAAAGAAGGCUGCUGCGCCAACAAAGAGAUUCGUUGCUUCAUCCACAGCUUCGAAGCGAAGGCCUUUGCUGGCUCGAAGACAAAGCUCUCAAUCAUCCGCAGGAAGCUCAGAGCCUCAUCCAAAGGCGGGGUCGUCUGCAGGCUCUCGCUUUUCCGGGAGUCAGCAGGGCAGUGUGACAUCGAAUCCGGAUCGGGCAUCCGCUCAGACAACCCCAGACUCUCACCCCAACGACACCAUGUUGAGUGCCAAAGCAUUCGGUAAGAAGCCGGCCGUGCAACCAAACCCAGCGGUUACAGUAGCGAACCAGAAUCACCGACAUCAUCAAGCACAAUCGCCUGCCGAACAGCCUUUGCCUAAACCGACACAGGCGCUGCCCGGCGGGCCACGGUCGCGAAUACCGGUUGAUUCUUACGGUAGCCCACGGAAAGACGGGUUCUCGGCGUUUCACAGCGGGCAGACGAGCGUUUAUCGAGGCCCUACGUCUGCGCCGAGGUCAAGCACGCCAGCAUUUACAAAUGAGCACAGAGGCCCUAUGUCACCAAGCAUGGAGCGGUCGUCGUCAAACACGGAACGCCACCGCCCCCGUCAAACUAGUAUUGGCCGUACUGCGUCAUAUGGGCUGCUCUCAAAUGCUACGGCAGUCACGUCGAACAUCGCCGCAAACGGACAGCUCUCGAGAAUCGCAGACGAACCGGACAUUGUUGCUCUCCAAGCCAUUGGAGCCCUCAACCACGACAUCAGCAGGCCCUAUCUGGCGAGGAACCCUUCUACCACCUCUCUACUGAUGCCUACCAUACCGAGUUCGGCCCCGUCAGUACCGCUGGCCCGAUCGAGAAGCCAGUUGACUCUUCUGUUGGAACGCGAGAAAGCACGAUCUGACGACAAGGGGCGCGCGAAGCCCAGAUCAAAGUCAUAA